AAGUGGCUUUGUAAUUUAAAGUAUGUUUCUUCAUUAAAUGACUGAUUUGAAAAAUUUAUUUCAUUUUGGCAAAACUGAUGAGUUAGUCAAUCUGGCAUCAAAAUGAAUCGUGAGCUCUCUUAUUCUGCUGUCGUCAAGGCAACGAAAAAGAAACUUUUUAUUAUUACUUUUUUUCUCUGCAAGUUUAAAUAAUAUAAACAAUAAUAAAUGAAAUCGAGUAGUGGAUAUUUAUAAUUAUUUUAAUUGAACUGUGCCUAAUUAUCAUUUAAAUGUGUUAUUGCUUCAUCUCGAAGGUGUCUGUCAUAUCUGAUAGUUAUCUAUGAAUGACUUGAACUUAUUUCCGCAAUAAUGGCUGUUCUAAGUAAAUUAAGGGAAUUAUCUCUGCCAUAUAAUUGUUACGAAGUUGGACAUACAUGGACACCAGAAUGUUAUACAGCAGCACUAUCCGUUGGUCUUUGUUGUUUAUUCGAAGGAAUGAAAUUAUAUGCCCCUUUAUAUUUGGUGACACAAAUACUCCAAAGAAAAUUUUCUGCUCGCGCAUUUUGGAAUACUAUCCAAAGUAUUUAUACAUCAUCCUGUUUCCUGGGAUUUAAUGGAUUUGCUUUUAUAUUUAUAUUCUGCUUACUAAGGAGAGCUAUGGGAAAAUUCUAUUAUCUUCAUUGCUCAUAUUUUCCAGGCUUUAUGGCAAGCUUUCUUGCAAUUUUAAUUGAAAGAGAAAAUAGACGUGGUCCUCUGGCUUUGUAUGUUACUAAUGUGGCAUCUGAAACUCUUUUUAGAAUGGCAACUGCUCGGGGAAUCGUAAGAUCUUAUCCUAAUGGGGAAAUUUUCCUUUUCAGUUCUACAAUGGCAGUAUUUCUAUUUAUUGUUCGACGAUAUGGAUUUUCUAAAGAUUUUGUGAGUGCUGCUUUCAAGUUUGUGUUUGGCAAGGAUGAAGCUAAACCUCGCAAUGUUAGUGCUUCCAAACAAACCAGUAUUAUUCCAAAUAAAAUACCCGAAGGUAUUUCCCGAUUAAGCAAUAUUGAAGAAAUUGUUGAUGAUGCGCACAGAUCAUUCUUCCAGAAAGUUUUUGGUAAUAGUAAACAUGCAUCGUGCCCUCAUAAAUCUGGUUGUUUGCAGUAUGUUUUGAAGGGCACUUUGCGACCAUUCUUAAUUGGCUAUUUAGCAUUUUUGGGGAUCAGAACUGCAGCAGCUGGUAAAAAAUUGUUGUCUAAACCUCAGUUGUGGUUUAAAUUGCUGACUGAAACGAAAACACUUAACUUAGGAUUAUUCCUUGGCGGUUUUGGAGGAACUUUCCGUGUUAUUAAUUGCCUUCUACGUUGGUCGUUUAACAGAGAUCAUCCUGCUUUUGCCCUUCCGGCUGCAUUCCUUGGUGGCAUGUUUAUGAAAUUUUUUCCUAGUCCUACACUUUCUCUGUACUUAAUGUGGAAACUUAUAGAAGUCGGAUAUAUGUUGGGUAUAGAUGAGGGUGUGCUUCCAAACAUCAAAGGCUCAAUGCUAAUGCUGUAUGCUACUUCUACUGCAUUCCUUUUUUAUGCUGCAGUUUUGGAGCCUCAUAAUUUAAAGCCUGCAUACCUCAAGUUUCUUACCCGGUUGACUCAUAAUAAGAUUGGUGAAAUCAACAGACAUGUUUUAGACAUAUUCGGUACCCAUGCUUCAAAACUGUAUUCUGAUUUCUGGCCAGAGUUAGAUCUGAGAUUUACAAGCAGAGUCUUUCAAGAAAGUGUCCUUCUUUGGUUAAUUCACUGAUAUGUUUUAAGAAGUUAAAAUUAAGAAGUUAAUUCUCAUAUGAUUGUGCCUUUCUUAAUGGCCCAGGUAUGGCAUUAGGGUCUGAUAUUAAAAACUAACAAACUAUUGUAUUCAAACAAAUACUAAUAUUUUUAUGGAGUUUGUACAUGUCAUAUUGAAAAAUUAAUUAUUUAAUUUUAUACUGUACAUAUUGUUAUGAAAGACGAUCAUUAGUCAAGAGUUAUGGGUUUACUAAUGAAGUUGGCUAUGCUGACUAUCAGUUGCUUUUGUUAUUAUAUUAAUGAAAUUAAAAAUCAAAGUAAUCUAAUAUUUCUACUUAAUUUCUAAAAAAAUAUUCUCAUUAUACUUAUAAGCAUCUCUAAGAAAGUAUACUGUAUAAUUCACUUACAAUGUAAUUACCUUUAACCUGUAUUUUCUUUACAUAAUGAGCUAGGCAGAAUGUGGUGAUUUAACUUAUUAGCGAUAGAUUUAAUUUAUUAGAUGAGAUUUAAUUUAAAAGAUACUUUUUGAAAAUGUUUUUUAAAUUUUUACUUUUAAGAUCCUUUUCAGUGUCUUAAAAAGAAAAUCUUGCCCUUAAGAUCCUUUUCAGAAUCAAGUAAUUUCAUAUUGUAAAUAACGUUUUUAACAAUAGGUGUCGCAAAAAAAUUUUAGGUGGUGAGUUUUUGAACCAGUAAUUCUAAAAAAGAAAAAAAUUAUGUUUGUUCACAAACGUAACAUUUACUGGUUACGAAAUAAAUAUGAAAUAAUUGCAACUGUGAUUAAAUCAUACUAAUUAGAUUAUUUUUAAAUAUUUUUGGACAUAAAUUAAAAAGAGCAAUAUGAAAUUAAUUUAACUGGAAAGAAACCUUUGAGAACCAAAUAUAUAUAAAUUAAUUUUGUAUCAGCGUUAAUUAGCCUAAAUGUUUCAGGGAUUAUUGCAGCUUUACUGCGUAAUAAUUUAUAUGAGAAGUUGAAAGCAUGUGUUUUUGGAGAACAUGGGGUCUGUUUGAUAAUUAAAAUGGUAAUUGGAUGGCAAUUAAUGGACAUAUUUUUAAUUGUCAUUUUUUAAUAUUUUGUCAUUUUCAGUAGUGAUAUCCUAAGCUUUUCGUUAUCGGUCUACUUUUGCCUGAGUCUUCCUUUAGGUUUUUUCACCAUGGAUUUAGUAAAAAAAAAAAUCUUUUCCUCCACUAUCCUCGUGCAUUCUAACUACCUGACCUGCCCAUUUGAGUCACUGUAUCUUAGGGAAUUUAAUAAUAUUAUGUUCUCUAAAUAUUUAUAAUUUUCUAACUUUGUCCUCCUCUUAUAAGAUUUAAAUGUUUCACCUAGAUUAUUUCGGAAGAAUUUUUUUUUUUAAAUUGCAGGAACUUCUUAAUUAUAUACAGUGAAUAUCCAUGUUAGUACAUAUCUUUGAAAGAAACUUCUAUAUUUGUAGAAUUCAAAUCUUUUACGGCUACAUGUUUAGACGAUGUUGUGGAGCGUUUUAAAAGCUAUAAAUUUUGGCACAAGAUGGCAUUGUAUGUCCAUAGGAUUUAAGAUAUGCGUAGAGUUGACCCUUCUACUCGAAAUGAGAAACAUGUGACUUGCAUGCACUAAAUUUUUGAUUAUAUAAACAUGAGGAAAAAGGUAUGUUUCUGAAUUGCAUGCUUUAAAACGACUUUUUGAGCUUUGAACUAUGUGGUAUUUAUUUAUAGUAAGUGGGAGAGCUUAUUUUUGAUAGACUGUUGUUUAUUUGGGCUUGCAGUCCAGUUUUCAGUUGAAAGCUAGAUCUAUUACACGUGUAAUUUUUCUGUUUUUACCAUUACAAUGUUGAAAAAUUACUUAACUCGAAAUAACAGAAAUUGUGCAUAAAUGUAUUUAAACACAAAAAAUCAUAAAUAAAUAAAGUAUACGAAUAAAAAAUAUAUGCAGGGUAUGUCGUUUAUCUACUUUACAGUACAUAAAUAAAUAACACACUCAUAUUUUGGUGAUUUCAAGGAUUUAGGCAUUACAGGAAAACCCCCUCUGGCUCUGAAUAGGCUUUCAUGAAUGAAACUCUUGGCUUCAGCGAUAAGCGUGCAUUUGCAACUCCCAUUGAGGAAGGGUUAAUACUUGUUUAAAAAGCUAGUGGUUUUGACUCUAGAAGUUAGAUACUUUUUAAUAUAAAUUGAAUGCUAAAUUCAGAAAAUUCUAACCCUCAAACAUAUGCAUUCUUAAAAUAAAAAAAAAUAAAGUUUAAUAAAUAAAUUUAAAUUUUAAACUCUAUUGUUUAACACUUAAAUUAAAUUUUUAAGAAUUAGCUGUAUUUUAUGUGUAUAAUUAUGUUCAGUUUAAUGUUCCUCAAAAUACAAACUGCAUUAAAUCUAAAAACUGAUUACAAAACGCAUUUGCAAAUAAAUAAAUAGAAAGUAUUUUAUUAUUUUUUAGAAUGAAUAUUUGUAUGCCGAUAAUAUUCUCUUUUCCAAAGUUUAAAUUAAACGAAAUUAUAUUUAAAGAAAUUAUAUUUAAAGAAAUUAUAUUUUGAAGUUUAGAAAAUGUAAGGGGAUAAACAUUAGUUUAAACUAUCCAAGAUUUAGAAUGACUAAAUUUUGAAUUAAAAUGAGCAUUUUGUGCAUCAACUAUGUUGAUUCAUGUAAUAUUUAAAAAAUGAGGUAAAAAGCAGUGUAAUUGUUCAACAUACAGAAUUAUCAGCUACUUUUUUUUUUUAAUUUCUCUUUAAUAAACUUUAGUGAGUUGGUAUGAUUCUGAAUUUUAAAAUAAAAUCAGAUAUUGAAAUGAAAAAUAAUUUUAACUAUUCUUCUUUGUAUCAAAUACAUUUUUCAACUUAAUUGAAUUACAUUGGAAAGACAAACACUAAUGUAAAGAUUUGAUGCAUUUUUAUGUAUUGGUAUGUAGUCGGAUAGACUGCUACAUUUUGUUUGCCCAAUUUUAUUUUAUUUUUAUUGAUUUUUUAAAAAUAUUAAUGAAAGUGGAUUUCUCUACUAAAUUUCUUCAAUUGUUGUCUAAUUUCUUCACUUUCAUGUUAUUCAAUGGAAAACCUUUGCUCAAUAUGAAAUUUUUUGUACAAAAUUGCCUAAGCAGAGGUUUAAGGGUUAAUUUAUCAUAAAACUUUAUUUAUUUUUCAUAAAGUUUUGUACAACACUCUGUAAAACUGUAUGUUAGGACUCUAACAGGGUUAAUUUAUCAAAAUACUAUAAUUAUAUAAGUUUUAUGAAAUUUUAUACAAUAGUUUGUAAAAAUGCAUUUUAUGACUGUUAAAGGAUUAAUUUAUCAUACUACUUAAAUUAAUUAAGUUUGCUGAAAUUUUAUAAAACAUUCUGUCUUUCAUACUCUUGUGAUUGUGCAAAAAUUACAGAAAUUUUAAUAGUUAUCCAUCAUUAGAUUAUUUAUGAUAUUACUCAUGGUUUAAGCAAUCCAUCAAAUUUUAAACUAAAUGUAUUACAUUUCAUUCUGUUGUAUAAUGAAAGAGUUUAUUUUUGUUCAAAGACAUUCCUUUUUUUUUAUUAUUGAAAUUUAAAAUGAACUUAUAGUUUCUUGAAACUUUCCGUAUACUACAAAUUGGACUAAAUAGUGCUUAUAAAAUAUGAAUAGCUGAGAUAAGAAGUGUGGUAAUUGCUUUUUAAGGGAAAAGUAAAAAAUGAGAAAAAUUUUGUAACAAGUCGUACUAUGAAGCAUGUUAUAAGAGUACACAAGUGGGCGACCUUUGUGCUAAAAUACAAAACUAAGGCAAACAACGUUAAAGAGUGCUUUUUGUGCUCUUUAACGUUGUUUGCCUUAGUUUUGAUGUUAUAAGAGAUUCUCACUUAGGAUAUUAAAGAGUUUAUAUAGAUCCUUAAAUUUAAAUUUUUAUAUCAAAGUUAAAAAAGGAAAAAAACUUAACAAAAUGAAAAAUUUAACUCAUUUUUUUCCUCUGAAAGUGCAAUUGCAGGUUUGCAGAGUUACCCAUUUAUAACUAUGUAUAUAGAUAAAGUUUAAUAUUACUAGGAUAAUUACUAGAUUUAAUAUUACUAGGAUGUUAUAAAGUUUGAUAAAGAGCUUUUUCAUGCAAGUUGAGUAAAAGAAGAAAAAUACCUGAAACACUUUAGAAAUGAUACAUAUUGAAAUAUUAUAUGAAUCAUAUAAUAUGAAAUAAUAAAUAUAUUUUAAUGUACAAGAAAAACAUAGUUCAAUUAAAUAUAUAUUUCUAAGUGCAGGAAAAUAUGAAUAAGUAAAAUAAUUGCACAUAUUUAGCUGAUCAAAUAAAUUCCAAGUUUUAUGCUAGUAUAUAUUUUAUUUAUUUUUGUAUUCAUUAUCUUAUUUUUAUGUUGUACAAACUUUUUUUUAAAAAAAAUGAACUUGUUUAUUAUUUACUUUUAUAUUGUUUGCUUUACAAACAAGAGAAUAUUUUUGUUUUUUGUAUUUUUUCUGAAAUAUCUAUUUAUUUUGCCAUUAAAGGUUUCCACUACGCAGUUACUUUCCUUUAGUCUUGUUAUAAGAACUUCAUAAAUUAACAUUUUGUUUUACCAUUGUAUGAACUGUAAUUCAUAUUAACACUGUUCUCUCAUGGUGUUAAAAUAUAAAAAAACUGCAAUAUUUUCUUUAAGAAAUAUGGUAAAAUCAACAUUUGUUAGUUUGUAAGUUAUGCAUAGAUUGGAAGUUUUUUUUAUUUUUUUAAUCAUAUUUCUCCAGAAAAAUGCAGUUUUUUUUUUAUUAUUAUUCUUUAAUAUUAAGAGAUAGAAGUCUUCAACUUUAAUUUUUGGUUAUUGUUCGGGAAUAGAUUUUAAGAUGCUACAUUUUUUCGUUAAAAGAGCAGUUCUGGUGUAUUUUAUUCCAUCUUUAUUUAAUAGCUAUUUCACCUUCAUCUUUUUUCAUGAGAAAGAUAUGACAUUUUAUAUUUAUAUUCAAUGUAUAAAAUAUUGGCAUUCUAUAGAUACUUACAUACAUCAAUAAAAGUUACUACUUAUCAGCUGAAAUUUUUACUAUUAAUAAUUUGGCUUGAGUUUUUUUUUUAAAUUCUUUUUAUCAAUGUAUUCAGAUUUGUGAAUAAAUAAAGCAAAAAUUUCUUUUGUUUUACAAAAAUAACUAUACAAGAUAUAUUGUGAAAAGAUUAAAAUGGAUAGAUUUUAUUUCACAGAGUAUAUCGAAUUCAGGAAACAAAAGAUUAGGGAGUUGUUUUGUGCUUACAAAUUUUCUGAACAGUGCAUUAUGAUUUAAAAAGCAAUUUAGUUAAAAUAUGCUUGUAAUACAUAUGUCAACGAAACUAAACUUCUGUAUUAAAAAUAAAAACUUACAAUUUGCCAUUAAGUGAUCAAAAGAAAUUUAAUUAAAAUUGUGAAGUGUUAUUGUCAUACCUAAUUUACUCAUGUUUAGAUUAUUUUUAUAAAAAAGUGAGAGAUAAUUAUUUAUAAUUAAUUGUGAUAUUUUUGUUAUUUUUAAAACAGCAUUAGUUUCAGUCUAAAUUAAAAAAAAAUAAAUUAAUAUCUUGUUUUGCACCUUAAACUCUAUUCCUUGAUUUUAUUAAUUGAUGGAAAUAUAUUUAUUUAAUUUUUGUAACACUCUUGUUUAGUAAAUAAUUUCGAAAAAAAAUUCAUAUUGAUUUUGUACUUGAAUUUUGUAGGAUUUAUAAUAAAGUUUUUUAAAUGGA